UCCUCUUUUAUUGUUAACACACCUAGGUUCCUGCCUGGAGGAUUUGGUGAUCCCCUGCUACUAGACACGGAAGCCUGUUAAGCGAAAGCUUCUCCUAUUCCGUCCACAACCAUUUGAACCAUUUGCUUUUCCAUUUCCACUUUUCCAUCCCUCGAAAUCCCUCUAAGAUGGCAAGAAUCAUGGAAGUUUAAAUUUGAAAAUGCCUGGAAUUUCGUUUCACCUGUGGGAUGCUGAAAAAACGAGAUCAGUUGUUUCACCCUACAAUAUAUUGGGAAUACUUAUUAUUGGAAAAUGUACAUAGUAUGAUGAUGUGCGUUACUUAUGACUGUAAUUAUCAAUUUACGACAACUAGAGGAUACUUGACCUCUAAAGGUCGUGACGCUAAAGAACGUAUAGUUUUUAAAUUCCACAAUAUAUUCUGCGCAAUUAUAAGUUUAUAACUGUUGUGCUUUAACAUUACCGUAACAUCUACCUACCUCACUAUAAAGUUUAUAAAAUAGGCACCUUCAGAAAUCUUCAAGAAAAUAUUUUCUCAGAAUCUGUUAGGUUUUCAGUCUGAACAAAAGGCAGUUUUGACACCGGUAGACAAAGGCAGUAGUGUAUGCAUCACCUUUAAUUAAAUAAUGGGUCAUUCGGGUGAUGCUUCGCUAAAUUUACCUAACGUGUACAAUAAAUUCAAAGCAUGCGCAAACGGUGAUAACGUUCUGCUCCCUGAGUAUUGUGAAGCAUAUACGGAGGUUUCUAAGUAAGCUAGAUUUUGUUACAUGUUUGCAGACUUCUCGUAUACUUUGGAAAUCUUUUUUAUUUCGUGACCAGUGAUGUCAAUCACAAAAUUUCGGAACUCCGCGACCUGUAUGCGGCAGAUAAAAUUAAUUAUAAAUCUGUCGAGCAGAUGGCUGUUUAUGAGGAAAAGCAGAAUGAACACCUUCCAGUUAAAAAGCGGAAAUGCGUCGGUUCCCGGACACUUCUCCGACUCCACCGGGCUCUUCUCUUUGUGAUCGAUUUAAUGCAAGAAGUUUGCAGAGGCAAGUUACGGAGUUUUAAAUUUAUUGGUUCAUAUUAUCGGGAUGAGGGAGUUCCUCGUCAGUUCACCUUGGCUAGCUGUAAAUAAUGUGGGACCUGCCACAAACUUGCGUUAGUUCAGUUCCCAUCAUCAUGUAUCACAUCGACUAAGUCCAGACCUCACAUACGACUUCAGCAAGGAGUCACCAACCCCUAAGAUCUAUGUUCCUUUUGCCCCGACUAUCCUUAGUUUCCUCAAGUCCAAUUCUUAUUUGUGCAUAUUUGAGCUGACGAUACACUGGUAUAUGCAGAGUGACCUAUCCACCGUAAUCGAAUUUACAAAGCUGCUGAGAUAACCAGGUUUAAUGACCUACUAUUCAUACAAAGAUAUUUGCAAGCUUAUGGUCAUUGUAUUACUUAGAGUUAUGUCUUUAAGUGCGGAAAACAAACACAACUCGGUCCAAAAAUAUGUUACUUCACAAAGUAAAGUACAUUUAGUCGGUAACUACGAUUGUUUAAUUUACUCCGACUCUAAAAGUGCCUUGAGUCUGCAACCAGGGUGUUAUAGGUUCUAUUUGAUAUAUAUCAUUUUUCCACCUUAUAAUCUGGCUUAGCACUGCUCUAUGGUAGUCAGCGUUAAGACCAUAAAGCAUAUUUUAGCGGAGGUUAACCGUGUUUCUGGCCGAACUAUUCGUAUUACUUUGUUUUUGUAUUUAAGCACUUUAUUGACACUACGUAUAGAUUCCAUAAGUAUUAUUAACAACAGGUUGUCUGACACAACUAUAACCUAUGUAGUGUUCAACACCUGUUCAAACCUGCAGGAUUAUUAUUACCUCUAAUAUUUAAAAUUUCAUCAAAAUCCAUCUAUAAUUAUUCACUCUUUUGGUUUCUUUCAAGAUCUUUUUAUCUGAUCAUUGCCUCAGAUUCCACUUUUACAAUUCUUCCAUGAUUUAUUAUCAUGUUUUGUUCAACAAAGUAUUAACUCGUUAGUUUUGAUUGUGUUAAGUACGAAACAUAUUAAUGCGCUCCAACUUAGAGCAAACACAGAUGCUCUUAAUGUAACAUGCUAAAGGGUAGCAUUAAUGGUAAUUCAGUAAACUAUAGUUACAUAAAACACUUUUGGUAGCUUUUAAUCAAUAAAAUAUGUUGCAUACUCAAAAGUCAGAAACAUGUACAUAAUUUCUCCUAAAAGCAGUAAUUAACAUUAAGUCGAUUUUCACCUUUUAGUACAAUUCAAAGUGUAUUUGUUAAAUUUUAUAGCGCCACCGGAUGAACAAUUGAAGGUUAUUGCUCGGUCAGUGUACGACAAAACCCUCUCUCAAUAUCAUCCAUGGCCUAUUAGGAAAGCUGUUGGAGUUGCUGUUUAUGCUCUUCCUACGCAGGAACAUUUGGUUCAUCAUAUCGUCCAAUCUCAACCCCCUGGGAGUGGUUUGCUUACAAAUGAACAAUGUGCAGAGUUUCUCACUUCACAUGCUUUACCUGUAAUGCGCAAGGUAUAUGACUGUAUUCAAGCUAUUUUCGAGAAACACGAUAUGCUAAAUUUACCAUAGUUAUCUUGAUGUAUACUAUUUCAGAACUUAAUAUUGUUGUACUUCAAAAACAAUACUCAAAAAGAUAAGUCUUAAAGAAAUGAAAAUUAUUUUCGUAUGUGGAAGUUAUUUUGCUUUCGUUUUAUGUUUUAUUUCUAUAUUCUUAAUUUACGAUACUAUGUGGUUUCCAAUGACAGCAUAUUAGUCUUUAUAAAUUGGUUAAUUAUAACACUUCCUCACACAUUUAGAAAUCUCUAUCAUUUCUGAGAUUUUUAAACAUUGAUUCAUAUACCUUGCUUACAUUUUCAGUAGAUUCUAGUUUGUUUUGUACUCAGUUCUCUUCAAAACAUCUAAAAAUACUUAGAAACAAAUGAUGUUUUUCACUUAACUGUAUUUAUUGUAUCAUAAGUACAACUGUAGCAAAGCAGACAAAUGUGUUUGUUGUAUUUUUUAUUAUAAUCAGAAUGGGGUUUGUGAAGGUUGUAAUUUUAGUAGUUGGAUUCAGUGGUGGUCUACCUUACACUGACUCAUUAGUUCAACCAUUUUUUCAUUACAUUAAGAUAUGAAAAAUCUCUCGGAAAAAUGUACUAGGAUAAAAGUCGUUCGCAAUAAACCUUUACCAUGUUCACUAUGCCACAUUUCUCUGGUAAUAUAGACUUGACAAUACAAUGGUAUAAGUACAAUGUGCAAAAUCCCUAAUUAAAUUAAGAAUUGUAAAAUACUUAAGGAAAUCCCAAUGUCCCGAUUUGAUAUUUUAUGACACCAUGUUGGAAGUGGAAAUUCACCACUAAGAAAAUACUCAAAUGCUAGUCAGUGGGUAAAACACUUAAUAGUGAUUUUUAAGUCACUCGUUUAAUCCAAACUCCAUGUAAAUGAAGUUACGUAGUUAGUUGCUGAGGCAGGAGUUUUGGGACAUAAACGUAAGGAGUAAUCUCGUUGAGUCUCGUUUGCAAUUACGUUGGUGUUUUUGAAUCGCUUAACGAAUUACAGUCUAUAGAACUAUGCAUAUUUAGAAACUUGUUAAGGUAUUCUAUGCUUAACGAAGUCAUUUAUGUAUUCUAUUCUGUAAGUACUCUACUUAUUGAUUGAUAGUAUUUCGCCUAAUGGUAUAAAAGACUUUAACUGCAAGGACCGAAAUGCAUGUGUUAAUCGUAUUUUGUAUCAGUGUUAAUAAAAAUUUUUGAAGUAAACAUCCUCUGUGACUAGUCUAUAGUCUGCCCUUAGUUUUUGUAGAAUAAUGUUUAUGAAGUAUUGGAAAAAGAUUGUAUGAGUAACACAGAACCUGACGUAAUAGUUCUUCAGUUUGAGUGUUAUUCUUUCCAUCAGUGAUUUUACUACCUUUAUAACUUCAAGUUUCUGUUAAUUUAUUACUGGUAUAUAUGGAAUUAUUAGUUCCUUUAUGACCACUUACUCAAUUAUGUAUGGAUAUAAUGUAAUGAAAUAAAAAGUUACCAUAAUCAUAAUAUUCCUUAUGAUUAUUUGUUUCCAUUUAAUCUAUUAUUAAUUGUCACAUGUCUGGUAUGUAACUUGUAAUCAAAGAGAGGUUGACUAGUAUCGUUGUAUGGUAAUUAUCAGCUUGUUACAUUGUUUAUGAAAACGAAUUUUAUACAUAUUAUAUGCUUGUAUUGUUUGUGAUAGACAACAGUAGCCAUUUUAAAAAUUAAUCAGUAUGCUAUUAGAUUAAAUAGUAAGAAACUUAAAAUAAUUGGGUGUUUAACAAAGGUGUUAUACUUUUAAAAAUCUAACUGACGAGAGCAAUUUAAUAUAUGGUCGAAAUCGAAGAAUAUAAAAGGAGGACAGUUAAUAACGGAAAGUCUUUAAAUUCUUACAAAAUAAGAUUAAUAAGAGAUCCGUCUACUUCAUGUACAUCAUCCUAGAAAACCACUUAUUCAUCCUGUCUUGACAUCAGUAGCCGGCAAGUUUGCAUUCAUUCACGUGCUUUUUUUAAUAAUUUGUUAAGAUGAGAGGGACUUCAUAUACCUCACUGGGCCUAAACGAUUUUAACACCGUCUUCAAAUACAUACGUACAUAUACGCAUUUUCUCUUAUAACAACAAAUUACUAGCUAUGAGUACUUAUGAUAGUUUAAACCAUGUACAUGACUGAUUAAGACAGUCAUCUUUCAACCAAAGGGUCGCAGGUUUGAAUUCCACUCCAAGUACUUCAAUUUGGCCAACCGGGUAGUAUCACUUGCCAUCACUCCAAUAGCCUGACUCAAACCCAACUACAUAUACCGUCUAUAGUAAGUGAAUUGUAUUAAUUUUAAAAAGUUCAAAACAUAAUAUCAAUUAAUUUUCUAUGUUUGUUUAAGUAAAUACGGUUUCUCCUCAAAAUACCGCUUCUGCUGUACAUAUGUAACCCUGACUUUCCGUUUAUGCAUCCUCUUAAAAUCUUGAUAUUGUUAUCUUUUCCAGAAUAGUUACCACUUAAAUAUUUCGUGCUAGACGGUCAAUCCUUUGUUAUCGCUAAUACUUUCAAUUCCCAGUUAAUACUAGAGAAAGCCUUUUUAUUUAUUGUUUAUCUAUUUCCUUAUGGGGUCGCACUCGGAGCCUUCGACCUAAAGGUCUGAUCUACAAGGCAGUGGAGCAAUGCCAGGAGAUGCAGUCGCAUGGUAGCCGGUGACCAACAAUUGGUUCAUACGCCAUGUAAGUAUAUUAUAAAGCCACGCCUAAGUGCCUAAUAAUCGAAUACUUUUUGACAUGUGCCUAUAUAAUCGUCAUGAACGCUGUUUUUUUAUGUUGGGUAGUUGAAAGCAACUGAUAAAGAUCUUUGAAUGAAUUCUUUCUGGUUUUGAUUUAUUAGUUCUGUUUCACAACAGUUCACAAUGAAGUCCGAUAUAUUGAUGUUACCAACUUGCUUUCCUCCUCCUUAACAUUGGUAAGUAAACUUAGAAAUAUAUAUAUAUAUGGUAUUGCUAUGGCGUGCAUCCCCCAUCUCAACAGUUAUUAAAAUGCUUAGAUAUUAAUUUACACUCAGUUUAAAUUCAGUAUAAAUUCAAGCAACUCCCCCUGUAGCUCUUCUAGAGUUACUGCUAGUCCCAAGCCCGGGUAAAGGAGGAGAGUUGGGUAUGGGGUUAGCGACUCCAUCUCGUAGAAAACUAACUCGCUAAAAAAACGCUAACCAGAAAAAAUGACGCAAUAGACGCCCAACUUCGAGACCAAUAGUCUGAAUUCCAUAAGGAUCGGUCGUGCACAGACCAAAUUGCGACACUACGGAUCAUCGUCGAACAAUCAGUUGAGUGGAGCUCGUCACUAUACAUCAACUCCAUUGAUUAUGAAGAGGCGUUUGACAGUGUAGAUAGGAGUACAUUAUGGAGUUCCUGACAAGAUUGCCAACACUAUCCGGAACUCAUACGACGGACUACAGUGCAAACUCAUGCAUGAAGGACAGCUGACAGAUGCAUUCCAAGUAAGGACCGGAGUCAGACAAGGCUGUCUACUCUCCCCCCUUUCUCUUUCUUCUCGUGGUCGACAGGAUUAUGAAGACCUCGACAUCGGAGGGAAAACACGGAAUACAAUGGACAGCUCAGAACCAACUAGAUGAUUUAGACUUCGCAGAUGACCUAGCCCUCCUAUCCCAUACACACGAACAAAUGCAGAUAAAGACAGCCAGUGUAGCAGCAGUCUCUUCAUCAGUAGACCUCAACAUACACAAGGGGAAAAUCAAGGUCCUUAAAUACAACACGGAGAACACCAACCCAAUCAGACUUGAUGGCGAAACUCUGGAAGAUGUAGAAUCCUUCACAUACCUGGGAAGCAUCAUCGAUGUACAAGGUGGUCCAGAUGCAGACGUAAAGGUGAGGACUGACAAAGCAAUGGCCUCGUUCCUGCAAUUAAAGAACAUAUGGAACUCAAAACAACUUUCAACUAAUAUCAAAGUGAGAACCUUCAAUACAAGCGUUAAGAUAGUUCUACUGUACGGAGCUGAAACUUGGAGAACUACCACAACCAUCAUCAAGAAGGUACAAACAUUUAUAAAUAGUUGUCUACGCAAGAUACUCAACAUCCAUUGGCCCGAUACCAUCAGCAAUAGCCUACUGUGGGAGAGAACAAACCAGCUUCCAGCUGAAGAGGAAAUCAGGAGAAGACGAUGGAAGAGGAUAGGAAAUACAUUACGGAAAUCAUCAAACUGCAUCACAGGGCAAGCUCUAACUUGGAAUCCUGAAGGGAAGCGGAAGAGAGGAAGGCCAAAGAACACAUUAGGUCGGGAAACAGAAGCAGAUAUGAAAAGCAUGAAUAACAAGUGAAAAGAUCUGGAAAGGAUUGCUCAGGACAGGGUUGGGUGGAGUGCUGGUGAGUGGCCUAUGCUCCUUCACGAGGAGUAACAGGCGUAAGUAAGUAAUAAAUUCAAGCACAACUCUUGAACAUUCUGCAAAUUGAUUAUCGAGAAAUACCCCUUUAAGAAAGUGUAAUAUAUGCUUGGAUGACAAUCAGCUGUUCGUUUAAUAUAGUCAUCUGAUGGUUAUCAGCGAACAAAGACUUAAAGGAAAUUAACCAGAAUGUUUGCCAUACACUAAACAGCUUCAUAUCAUUAUCUUCAUUCUCAGUUCUGAAUCUCUUGUACGAUCCCACUAUCAAUAAUGACGAGUCUACUAUCAUAAUAAGUGUUAUCUUAAUUAAGACUAUGUCCUGUCAGUUCAAACGGUAAGAAAAAUAGGGGAUAGGGUUACCCACAGCGGUUUUAAUUAUCAGUAACUGAGUUCUAUUCAGUACUAUUAGCCAUUUAUUCAUUCAUUUAUUGAAUGAUUUCUGCACUUUAGAAUGUAACUUUUAUUAGAAAUAACGUUUCUAAUCAUAACUUUCAUCAUAUUUACAUUUUUCAUCCGGUAUGUUUGGAAACACCACACUAACAUUUCCAUACCAGACAGUUACGGAUAAUUCCAUACUCUUGAAAUGAAAUCCCUAAUGAAAAUCACAUACCAAUAUACAGUAUUUAUUCACUAAAUAAAUGGAAGAUGUUCGAAAGUGCUGGAUAACAACUUUGUACUAAUCUUUCAAUUUAUUACUCUAGAUCGGUACAUUUCAUAGGACAUAGCACGCGAGUAGAAAAGCCAAGAACGAACAAAAUAUCCGUGGCAUACAGGUUUUCACACCGAGUCAUCAAUACUUGGAACCUGCUGCUCAAAGCAGUGGUGACCGCACCUUCAAUUGACUCUUUCAAGAGAAAACUGGACACUCACAGAAACAUACUAGAAAAGGAAUAACAUAGGCCAUAGGCCUUCUGUCCUUACUACACAAAUCUGAAUGUAAUCUGAAACUAGACUUUCAUAAAAUUGCAAAUGAAUUUCUGAGUUAUGUGAUACUGUUAAAUAAAUCUGUAGUUUCGAUAACAG